AAGUGUGGACCGGAAACAUUCCUCGUCAGGCUGGCUGAGCUCGGCUAACAUGAUCCUUGUGAGUUCCGGGCAUGGGGGUGCAUGGGGGAAACAUGGCCGCCGUAGACCCGUCGGAGUCUCCAAAAAGACAGAAAUCCCUGCCGGAGGAGGUGAACACAUCUGGGGAGAAGGCCGGCGCGGUGGAGUCGAGAUGCGGCUUAAAUCAGAAAGAUGAACCGAGGCACAAUAAGCCCGCGGAGAGCCCCGCCGAUGAGCAGCGAGCGGGGGACGACGGCUCGUGUGUUGCCAGCCAUUCGGGGGUUCGUGUCGAGUCCAGUGCUGGAGUCGGACAAAAGACAUGCAAUUCACCAGAGGACUUAACAUCGGCUGAAAAAAUGGCCGAGGCUCGUGGCGGCGAGCGACGGGCUUUCGACUGGUCCGAAACCGAAGACCGGGAGGCGAAAACGCGCGCGGAGGGAAACGGUACGUGCGACCCCAGCAGCGCCACAGAGAGUGCUGGAGGGAUGCAGCGGGACGCACGCGUUGACGAUAACGUUACGGCUGAUGCGGAGCGGAUCAAGGAGAAGGAGACAUCGCAUCCCGAGGAGGAGGAGAUGAAGAAGGAGGAGGAGGAGGAGAAGAAGAGCGCAGAGACGGGACCGGUCGAGGAGUUGGCGGGAGAUGUGGGCGCCGUAGAGGAGGUGGCAGGAAACGAGGCAGACCGAGGAGAGGACGCGAACUCUACAGCGAAGCCCAAAAAGUGCCGUUUAGUGUGCAAGGAGUGCGGGAAGAGGUUCACCCGCCGAGAGACGUUCAACCUCCACCGUCACUUACACGAGGACGAGCUCACGCCCCUCACCUGUAAAGAAUGCGGCCUGACCUUUCAGCACCGCAGCAGCCUCAUCAAACACAGGAAUGAACAUAAAGAGAAGGAGGAAGUCAUCGUUCCUCCGAAGAAGGCGACGCAAACCAAGACGGAGGGACGUUUUCAAUGUGCAGAGUGCGAGGUGAUCUUCUCCAUGGUGGACAAGCUGAGGGACCACAGCUGCUGCAACGUCGUGGAGAAGCCGUACCACUGCCCCCUGUGCCGCCAAGAGUUCCAGUUCAAGGUGUCCGUCACGAAGCACAUGAUGCUCCACUCCCAGGACAGCAUCUUCACGUGCCGGGAGUGUGGUCAGACGUUCCCAAACAGCAUGUCCCUGCGCUACCACCAGCGAUGUCACGCCGCCCUGAAACCCUACGAAUGCCCGAAGUGCGGCCUAGUUUUCAAACAUUACUCCGUCAUGGAAGACCACCGGCGCAAGCACACCGACCACAUGCGCUCUCACCUGUGCAACAUCUGUGGCAAGACCUUCAAGUACAGCAGCCUCCUCCAUCAGCAUCAGUACCUGCACACCGGCCAGAAGCCCUUCCGCUGCCCUGAAUGUGGCAGACGGUUUGCCUUUGCCCAGAACAUGAAGGCGCACUGCCGCCAGCACAGACUGCUCAAAAACAAGCGCUCCGCUCAGCAGCCGUGCCAACCAGCCCCGACGUCGGCACAAGAGGCAGUUCGAGGGCCGGGAAAAGAGAACGCGCACCAGAGCGAUGACCCGAAACAGACUUUCGACUGCCCCCUUUGCCCCGAGACCGACUUUGUGCCAGCUAACCUGAGAGCCCACAUGCUUGUUCACGAGGCGGAGCAUGAGACGCUGGAGAGGACCCACAAACCUCCAAAGGAGGAUAACAAGAUGUGGGAAAAAGGACACACUUGUCCCCACUGCCCGUCUGUCUAUUAUGACGAAUCUAGUUUAGAUAUGCAUCUGUCGAGCGUCCACAAUUCUGUCGCACAGCCCUUAGAAAAGACGGCAAAACCGUCUAAAAAUCUAUUAACUCCGUUAAGCAGCGAUAAUGUGCAGGGCAAGUGGAGAAGCGAUGGCAUCAGUCUCAAAUCGUACAAGUGCUCCGAGUGUGGAAAGACCUUCCGCCACCGUUCCGUGUUGGAGCUGCACAUGCGCAUACAUUCCAAGGACAGGCCGUACCAGUGCAAAGUGUGCGGCAAGGGCUUUAGAUUCAGCAGCUACUUGCAGCAACACGGCAUCAUCCACACGGGCCAGAAGCCGUACAAAUGUCCCGACUGUGGGAAGGACUUUGCCUUCCUGCAGAACAUGAAAACGCACCAAAAGCUGCACCAGGAGAAACCGUUCCGCUGCACCAGCUGCCGCAAAGGCUACAGCGACGAGACGCAACUCCAGCAGCACAUGUUGUCGCACAGCGGCGACAAACCGCACAAGUGUGAGCUGUGUGACAAGAGCUUCGGAUUGGCCUAUCUGCUCCGGGACCACAUGAACACGCACACGGGAGACCGGCCCCAUCGGUGCGAGGAGUGCGACAAGAGCUUCUCUUGGUUCAGCAGCCUGCUCGUGCACCAGAAGACCCACGCUCGCAAGCCCCCGGGUUUCCCUCCGUUUAAUUAUCUCCCGCCGGCUGCUCGGAUGCGAGGCCGAGGCAGCCGGGUGAGGAGAGGGGGGAGGCUCACGUGGGGCUGGUCCAGACCAUUGGGAAGCUCCGGAAUGGUCAGCCCGCAGCAGCCUCCGUGUCCAGUUUCUCCACUGAGAGGUGCCGAGUUGCACAGGCUGGCGGGCCGGCCACAGCCUCCCGUGCUCGCACCGCGCACGGACUCCCAAGGCCGGCGGCAGAAGGAGCUACCCCGUCAGCCGAAGCAGUGGAAAGUGGACGGCGGCGAGGUGAUGCUCGCCUCAUCGUCGGAGCAGCAGCAGCGCGUAGCUCCGCAGCAGACGCCGUUUGACAGCCCGCCACAGCCCGGCCUGCAGAGGGGUCCGGGCAGCGCAGAUAGCCCUUUGAUAACUCAGUCUGGCCCCACAUCUGCUCAGAGUUCCGAGUCAUUGCUCAUGAAAGAGACUGCAGCUGCGUUUGUCAGCUCCCUCAAGACGGCCGCGCCAAACAAAUCCGGCACGACAACAGUGAGUGAGAUGCAGCAGCGCCGGCCUGUUUCUUUGGCUAACGCGCACACAUCCACAGCGCUCGCCUCCACCAGCUCUUUGCAACAUGAUUUUUCUGUUCCUUUGUCCUACAUAGACGGGGGAGCUCUGUGGAGCAUAAGACCGUCUCUUCUAGCAAGUUCACAGGGCUCUCCAAACAAGGUUGGUCAAGCACUUCAGCUGCAGAGAUGGGUGGGUGCCCCAGUGGCGAUUCAAAAGGCGCCAUCCACGCCUCCUAAAAAAGUGGAAACGGGAGGGAGGGACAUUAGUAAUCCUCAAGUAAUGCCGCCGACUGUUAGCCAGCCAGAGAAGCCGGGCUGUGAGCAGCAGACGCAGCGGGUUUCAGGCUCAGCAGGCGUGUCCACCGCAGCUCAGAUGGACCAAAGCAGUGCGACGCCAAUUUCAACCCCCGUCUCCCACGGGGUAGGAAUUCCAAAGACUACAAACCCUGAGAAAUUGGCAAAUGCUCAAGAUGUUCAGCUGCAGCUAAAGCAGGCGUCGACUGCCAGGCCCAGUGGACAGAGUCCCACAACGACACAGAAGGUUCCCGUCUCCAUUCAGUACGAGCCUCGCCGUUUCGGCCCUGGGUUGGGAACGCCAGUAUGGGGCUUCCAAAGUAACCAACCGCUGCAACUCCAACCAGGGAACGGACUGGCGCUGCAGCAACAGCCAAUAGUCACGGGCACGCAAAUCAUCAUAAAUCAGCAUUUCACACCUCCACUUGCUCCGCUCCCGCCUCUUGCCGUGCCCGGCCCACAUCCUCUUCAAUCUGUCACACUUUCAAGACCCCCACCGUCGACUAUAUUCUUCACACCACGGGCGGUAGUGAGCGAAAGGCCAAACCUGACGCAGACCCUGCCCCUACCUCAGCCUGCCCCCCGGACAGAACCUCACAAACUCGGACCCCGUUUGCCUUUGGUCCCAGAACGGCUUCUCCAGUGCAUGAUAUGUGGCUGUUCUCUUCCCCGGGAGGUCGAUCUACAAAUGCAUUAUUUGCAACAUGCACAAGGAAAGAUUUGACAUUUCCACCCUGACAACAAGACUGUGUUUUUAUUUUGUAUACGUUUUACUGAAUGGAACCUAAUUUAUUUGCCCCUCAAUUGUGCAGUUUGACCAGUUGAGUGAAGUGGGUAUUCGAAUAAAACAAAUUAAGUAAUAUGUAUUUGAUCUAAACACUUUAAUCACAUUUAAGGUUCAGCACCAAAUUCGAUUUCACAGGUUUGUAAUAAAGGGUGUAUACACACGCCAUUCAAUUAGUUUCCCACCCUUUUUAAAUGCAGAUAAGUUAUCCAAAUAUCUGGUUUAAGCAACUUCUGAGGGGUGUAGAUUUAUGGGGUUCUGUGGUCUAUAUUGCAUUUAUUGCAAAUGGCAUUUAGAUUUGCAUAAUAUUAGUACUUUUAUAGUUAUGUUCAUAUGUCCUGAAGCAUUUUAGCUGUUUCUUCCUGUACAGUAUGUUGUGUGCCUUUUAUGAGUACAGUCUGCAUGUCUUGAUAUUCUAGGCCUAGUUUGUGCUUGAGGUCGACUCAAUGUGACCUCACUCCCAAACCCCAGAGCAACUCUUUUCUAAGAUACCUUAAAGACAUGUACGUUUUUUCUUUUGAGGAGGAGAGGAUGGGGUGGUAGUGUUCGCCUAUUACAUGUCAGGACAUCCUGACUACGGACACCACGGCCCUGUGCAAACUGUGAUAGUUAUGUGUUACAUAAAGGUCAUUUUACAGUAAGAGUUCUCUGUAAAUUGAACUGUGAUUAUUGUUAACGGAGAAAGUGUCAUUGCAAAAUGAUUUAUCACACUGUUAUCAAAUAGUGCAUUUUGUAUUAAAUUAGUCAUUAAUAUUUAUCAUAUUGACAAGACAAACUGAUGACAUAAAAUAUAGAUAUUUUGCUCCAAUCGGUCCUGUGAAAUUCAACUAAUUACUGGAAAUAUGUCAUGACUGAUGAGCUUUAAAAUAAGAUUUAAAACAGAUUCUGGGUGGCAGUACUUGGCACCUACUGUAAACUGAGUGUCAUGUAAUGUGUAUCUCUUUCCAGAAUGACUAUUUCAGAUUGGAAUGUACCCAUAUUUAUAAAGCUAAGUCCCCCUUUUGCAGUACAAUGCAAUGUAUUUUUUUGUGAAUACUGAAUGCUUUGAUUUUAUAACUGCAUAUUUAGCUGAAUACAGAAUCCCAUCUCCUCUGUUAUGACAAUGGACAUUUGAGUAGCUUUGAUGGCCCAAUAAUUGACUGAAAAUCAUUUCAACUGUAAAAUAAACACUUUUGUACAAA